CAGCCAAACUGAAAUUUGGGAAUAUCCGAUCGUCCUGUUACCUUCUAUUUUGAUCAUUAUUUUGCUAACUUUUUUAACGCAUUAUUUUGUUUAAAUUCAUGUUUAAAUUCGAAAUCAGAAUGGGGCAGUAGACGCCGAACGUUAAACACAUUGACGUCUGAGUGGAACCUGAAAUAAAUGCUUUCGUGCAGUUUCUGCUUCAUUUGACCCAACAGAAUGCCAUAGAAGUAUUAUAUAAGAUAAGAUAAGAAGAUAGCGAACGAAGUAGGAGCAAGAAUACGGCCCUGCUUUACGCCAUUCUCUUUGGAGACAGAAAUGGGAAAUAACCGUAGCACAUUACAAAGUCAACCAGAUGUAUUUGGAGUUGAAAAACCAACAAGUCUCAUGGUUGCUGCUCGAGAAGGAAACACAUCUAAAAUGAUGGAAUUGAUUGAAUUUGGUGUAGACAUCAAUGAACAGAACAGCCAAGGGCUGAAUGCACUGAUGCUUGCAGCGUUUUAUGGACACACGACUGCUGUGCAGACUUUAAUUAUGUUUAAAGCCAAUGUAGACUUAACGAACAAUAAUGGUCAGACUGCUUUGAUGCUAGCUAGUGAAAGUGGUCAAAAGAAAAUAGUUAAAUUUCUCUUAAAAGACGGGGCUAAUGUUAACUGGAAAGACAGAGAAGGAUUGACAUCGUUGAUGAUCGCUUCACGCCAUGGACAUUUGAAAACAGUCAAAUGUCUCAUUAAUAACAACGCUAAGCUCAAUAGACAAGAUCGAUUUGGCUGGACAGCACUGAUAUUCGCGUCACAGUAUGGACACAACAAAGUGGCUCAAUUACUUAUAAGUAACAAAAGUAUCGACAUGACCUUAGGAAAUAAAGCCGGACAAAACGCACUAAUGAUUGCUUCUAUUAAUGAUCAUAUAGAAAUUGUGAAAGAAUCAUUGAAGCGUGACCCAACUCUAAUAAAUGACAAAGAUCACCAUGGAUACACAGCAUUAAUGUUUGCUGCUCGAUAUAACAGAGUAUCAAUCGUGAGACUGUUACUGGAAUCUGGUGCAAGUGUCAAAUGUAAAGGAAAAGACGACUUAUCAGCUUUAAAGAUAGCCGCGAUGUAUGGACACACUACGGUAUUAAAAUCUUUGCUUGAUGUUUCAGACAUACUUCGUCUCCCCAAAAACGAUGCUAUUUUAAAUCUGAUAUUUUUAGCUUUAGAAAGUAAACAAAAUGACGAAGCGGAAUUAUUGCUAAACUACAGAUGUGAUGUUAACGAAAAGACAGAUGAUGGCAGGACACUUCUUAGGUCUAGCUCAAAAAAUGGACUUUUCAAAAUAGUUCAAAAAUUGAUACAGCGAGGUGUAAAUUUAAAUGAAAAAGAUCAAAAAGGAAAUACAGCUCUAAUGUUUGCCACUAAAGCGAAUCACAAAGAUAUCAUUCAGUUACUCUGUAGUAAUGGAUGUCAAGUUAAUCAAUGUAAUCAGAAAGGCUGGACACCUUUAAUGAAAGCUUGUAAAAAUGGUAAUAAAGAUGUUGUCGACAUUUUGUUAAGCUUUGACGGCAAUGUUAAUUACUUGAACAAUGACUGCUGGUCACCACUCAUGAUAGCCUGUAAAUAUGGACACUUGGAUAUUGUGAGAAGUCUUCUCAAAAGUAAUGCUAAUACAGAAAUUAAAACUUUAACUGGAAAGACAGCUGCUCAGAUUGCUUUAAAAUAUGAACAUGAUGAAAUUUAUCAAACGAUUCAAAAGAUCGAGACCUAUGGCGACGAGAAUACAAAUAAAAGAUACUCUGACACGUUUACAUCUAAAAAAGAGAGAAUGAAUAGAGUUAAUAGUAUUUUGUCAAUGACAAGCUCCAUGUCCGAUUUUCAAGACAUUAAAAGCACAUGGAGUAAACGCAGUGGAUCAUUUACAAGUUCUAUAUUUAAUAUUACUGUAGAUCGCAGUAGGACUGUGAAUGUCAAAAAAAUAGAAACAAUGACAGUGGUGUAAACUAUCUGUUUGAUCAAUGAGAGUCAUUGAUGCAUGGCUGAAACAAGUUGCAAGCCAUUAGGAUGAGAUGAGCCAACAAACUGAAACUGAAGCAAAAGUCAUCUAUUCGUCAUUUAAUGAAAUGCAAAUGUAGUUUGAACCUAUAAAGUAACACUAAUCACUUUGCAUGAAUGAAAGGGUAUUAUCUUUUACAUUAUUCCAGUAUUGAAUUUUGAAUUAAUAAGUGUAAAUAUUGGAAAAACAUUUAUUUUUAUAUUUUUACCUCAUAAGAUCAUUUAUGGCCGAGUUCUAAUGUAUUCUUCUUUCGAAGGUGCGUUGCAUUUAAAUCCAGCACUCUUUUCUAAAUAUGAGAAGUUUUUAUCAUUGCUCCUUUUUUAUGUGUAAAUUUUGUAACAGGAAAUAGAUGACUGACAAAGCUGUUAAAAUCUACAGUAAGAAAAUAGUGAUAGAAGAAGGCUUCAAUCUAUAACAUUAUAAACUAUCUCUACAAUGUUACAGUUUUUUUUCAGGUUGCAAACUCUCCGUCGGGUCAAGAUAGAUUUUUAAAAAUAUGUUAAGAAACAUAAAAAAAAUUGUGGAACCUGGACAUGGACCUCGAAAAUGGUUUUAACGAUUUCCAUAGUAUGAAAAUUGAUGUACAUCUUUGGGAAAAGAAUGACUAGCAAUUUUGCCUUGAUACACUGGAAAUACUCUAUUUUUACAGUUAUUAUUCUUCAAAUUAAAAAAAGAUUUUAACUUGAUAGAGAAGUAAUCUUUAUUUUGAAUAGACGGAUAGGCGGAGUAAAAAGUUUUACAUUUUUUGAACUUAACAUUCAAUAUUUAUUGAGAGAAAAUGAAUGGCACUGUAAGAUGUAUAAAGGAGUUAUUGUCAUUUUGUAAAAAGUAUCUUACAAUGUUUUUCCUGUUUAUGCUUUUCUUGUUUUAGAGUGUAUUUACAUAGUUACUUUAUGAUAUACCCCUCAGUAUUUAGUUUUGUAACUCCACUUUGAUUGAUAUUGAUUCUUAUUACCGAAAGUGGUCAUAGUUGUUAGCACUUCCCUGCCUAUAAAAUACUUCACAUUUGAUAUUAUUUCGUAUUGUCGAUGAACGUCGUUUUUUAAAAAAAUAAUUCAAUAUAU